GUCAGUAAAAAUGUGUUGUCUACGGUUCACUUAAAUCCACUGAAAAUGGAUGUCAGCAUCUUAGAAUAGGAUUGGAAUACAAGCCAUAUUUUGUGAAGAAAAGCCAAGCGAAGGAUGUGAGAGAAUGUUGUCUGGCGAUGAAGGAACAUUUGGUAAUCGUUGUGUGGCUAUUGUCUGCUGUGUUGAUAAACAGGGCGGACUCAACUGGUACUCUUGAUCAGUUAUCAGUUCGAACCGCAACACCAGGUGCAGUUGGGAGACCAAGAAGCGAAAUUGACCUAGAAACAGAUAAAUCUGUCAUCAUUUGCGCUGGUGAGAACAAAUCCCUGGAAUGCUUUUCUCCUGGGUCAAGCAUUGCUAUCGAGGAAGCUUUCUGGGGCCGCUUGUCAUCUGAAAUCUGUCCCUCGGAGGACGGAGAUCCGGUCACUAACUGCCUCAGCGAUCCUACAACAACCCCUAUUGUACGGAGUCUGUGCGAUGAUAAAGAAUAUUGCGAGAUCCCCGCCCGGCACAACGUUUUACAGCCCCCAGGGGUUAAGCACUGCCCCGGUGUGAACAAAUACUUGGCUGUCAAAUAUACGUGUAUGCCGGAGAAACGUAAAUUUGUGCUGUGUAAUGGCGAGACAACAGAGCUUCAAUGCGGUCAGGGAUGGAAAAUACACAUUAUGUCAACCUACUGGGGUCGGGAUUCACCGUCCACCUGUCCUACACCCCUUGGGAAGUUUUUCACCUGUGCAAACUCAGUAGACAGUGUGUUAGCUUUGAGGGAGAGGUGUGCUGGAAGAGAAAGCUGUAUUGUCACUGCAGAUGAUACGCAUCUUACUAAAGGAGGAAGUCAUUGCCCAGGAAUUGAUAAGUAUGCUCUUAUCAGUUACAGAUGCCAGCCUCCCAAAGAUGCCACAAGUUCGUUCGCGGACAGUGGAAAGAUGCUCCUUGAUUUACCACAACAAGACCCAGGAAACUUACAUCACUCCUCACUGGACCUGACCAAGAUCCCUACUCCUCAGCAAGCAGUGGGUGAGCUGAACCUGAGCAUGCUACUUCCGGUUCCUCAGUACCAUCGUGCAGAUAAGCUGAAACCAAUUAUCGAUUUUCUUGGAGAAGAAAGUGGAGGGAAGAAUCAGACAUCGCUUGGUGGAGAAAAUCUUCCUGUUCCUAAAGAUUCCAAUCCGGUCAUGUCAAACAAAAAAGACAGCUCCACCCCAGCACUUCAAGAUGGAAUUAAACCUUCUAGACUCGCAGUGCAAAAUGGUAUAUCAUCAUUAACAUCAUCGUCACAAAGCACCCAGGCAAAUGUAGCUUCCACGCUGGGUUUGCCAAGAGGAAAUGACGGUGAAAUCCAAGCCGUCAACCAUGAUGUUACUGUGAAUUUACCACCAUCCAAAACGGUUGCUUUACAAACACCCUCCCAGUCGGCAGCAAAUCCAAUGAAACAACCGCCAGCUUCUACUGUAAUAGAGCCACUUCAGAGUGUUACAGAAGGUCUAGUAAAGAGCUUUUUGACAAGUAAAUUUGGCCAGGCACUUGGUAAAGGUCUUCUCGACUUUGACAAAAAUGGAGACUCUUCGUACAAAAACAUAUUGGCGCAACAUUUUGGUUCAAGUGUCAAAACAACCGCAUCACCAACUAAUAAAACUCCCCCCAACCAAGAUUUGAUUGCCAACCUAGUUUCAGGACUAACACAACGACCCUCAGAACAUGAUUCAACAGCCAACCCAGUCUCAAACAAAAACAAUGAGAAGAUCUUCCAGCCUGUCAAACAAGACUUUGGAGCAACUGACAACUUGUCCAGCCCAACUGUUUCUAUAGGUAAUAAAGUGUUUUCACUCACUGAUUUCGCGAAUUCUUUGCUUAACGAAAACCAAGAUCCAAACGAAUCAAAAAGCGUAAAUACAGAUAUUGAAUGGAAAAAAGGCAGCAGGAGACAUCAAGGUAAGCAGCGAAACAAGGACAAAAUCAGAAAACUGGAUGAAAAGAUUGCCACCUUGGAAACUUUAAGUGAUGCUUUAGAUGCUUUAACUACGAAGCUGUCUCCAGAUGAAAACUCAGAAGACCAGAAUCAGAAAGAACCUUCGUUCAGUUCCGACAGACCAACUAUCCAGGAGCCGCGGCAUAAAAAGCACCAUACACAUCAUCACAAGAACGAUCAGUUUUCUGAAGAUUUGGACAUGCUGGGUGCUCUUCUCGCUAGGGGUCCAACCUCCGCUCGUGCGGAAAAGAAAAAGCCUUUUGUCUCUAAAGAUGAUAAGGACUCUAACUACAUUAUGGGUAUAAAAGGGAAAAAAGCCUUGAGCUCAGCAGACUUACAAGUAUUGCAAAACAAAAUCAAUCAAGCUAUAGAAAUGGCGGAAGCUGAGGGACGGCAGCAUGAUCCUACCAAGCAAUCCAAGCCAACAUACACCCUCCUUUCGGCGGGGAAAGUAGGUGAAGACGUCGUAGCACAAACAAGGGAAGAAGUGGCAACAAUUCACCCCAAUCAAGCAGCUUCGAAAAGGAUGCCUCCGUCCAAGAACGGCGAACUACAGAGCUUGCAAGAUAUUCUCACAGGACUGAUUAACAACGCCAUGCGAAAGGGCACGUUAAACCAGUUAGUCCAAAGAUGGAAUCGUAAUGGAAGUCCAUUUGCAGACAUAGCGAAAAACAUUUCACUAUAUUUACAAGGCAGUAAGAAAUUAAAGACGCAAGUUUCGACACUAGAAAGCAAACAAACGUUUCCCACUCAAGCUACGACCAAAACAGGGAUAGACGCAACAGCUCAAACUAAUGUGACCGCUCAAAUGGCUGAAGGCCUUGCGGGUUUGACAGCGGAAUUUAAUAAUACGCUGUUUACCAAGGCUGUAAAUAACAUUCUGGGCGCGCUUUCAAAGCGCCAAGGAUUACACAAAAGCAAUUCCACGAACCGUUCAUCAUUCGUCACAACAAAUACUUUAACCAACUUCAAAGGAGUACUUUUGGGAGGGCGCAUCAACAAGCUAAAGCAUAUACCUCAAACAGCGGAAUUGGAAAGUAAACUUAUGGCUGAGGUUUGGAAAGGACACGGAAAUAAAACGUUUCUGAAGAACUCUUCUAAACUUGCAAACUUGACGGUAGGAAAUAACGCAGAAUAUAAAAGUGAUAACAAGAUAGACAUGCUGCGUGAUAAUCACACACUGCCGAUACCUCUCAGUAGUGGUCAUGGAAAAGAAAAGCUCACGUACUCCACUUACGAAACCAAAAAUGUGUCAAAAACAGUACGAAAUGACACGUUGAUGGAUUUCAUGAAAAGUAUGGAAGAACCUAAGGGUCCCGAACAUCUUACAGAAAAUAAUAAAUCUAGGAAUGAUGUAGGCGAUAAAUACUCACAAGUGAAACCUCACAUCAAUGAUCUGAUGAGCGUAAUCGUAUCAAGCCUGUUAAAUUUAAACGAUAUCGAGCAGGACAGCCUUCCAAAAGGCAAGCCAAAAAUAACGUAUGAAGAAAGCGGAAAUGAAAAACUUCUACAUGGACUUCCAAACGACCAUAAGACGAGUGACUUUUCUAGAGAUGAUGCGGUAUUAGAAGCUCCAACCGAUCAUGCCGUUGAAACUAACAGCAGUAAUAAACGUCCCCAAGAACAGCAUAACGCUACACAGUCAUCUACUAAUGUUAUUUUGCUACGAAAUAAUACCAAAGACUACAUCCAAAAUGAAAAACCCAAAGACCCAGAUGAACAAAGCCAAAAACUUGACUUAGGUGACCAGACAGUGACUCUUACGUUAGAGACCGUGGAUGAGGCCCCUACUCCCGCACCACAAACCAACCAAGGGUCCAAAACACUGACCGGCUUACGAAAUAAUAAGGUUCCCCAUAACUUAAACGUUCAAUCAGCGUUAACGAUGGGUAAAAUCAACGCGACGGAUUCUAGGAAGAUGGCGCAGUCAUUCACCCAAACUCAAAUACAAGAGGUGCCAACAACGUUUUCUGACUUUGCAACCGAGAAAAAGGAGCCGACGGAGAUUGCGCUACCGUCUGAUGGCGAUGGCAAAUUAACUUCCAUUUCCCCUUCUCCUGAAGUUAAUCCUAAAAUUGGAGGCGAUUUCCAGGCAAAGUCAAAGCCAGAACUGCCUUUGGGACUGCAGAUGAAUGCAAUUGGAAGAAUAGCGGAAACAGAUGAUAAGACAUCUCCCACACCCGCUGAUCUGUCUGCUGCUUUGACCAACCCUUCAGGUUUUUCUUCUCUGCUGGCUUCCAAAAAUGGAGAGACAAAAUCUUUUGAAGAUAAAAUUCUACCAAUGGCGUCAGAUUUAACCUCUUUAACCGAUGCUAAGAGCGGAGAAACGGAGAGCAUUGUAUCCAAAGCUUCACCCGUCACUUUACAAAAUCCUGCCACGAUUAAGAAACCAAGUAACAUUGCAAUCACUCCGGAAAAAGAAUCAAGGCCAACGGCGUCUGAAGUACGAGAAAUAGCCACCUCCAUAAAAGCCUUGUUGAAAAUUCUAAACAGCUAUUCAAAGAAGCUAAGAAUUGAAGACCAGGCAGAUGACUCGACGGGUGGAAUGCUUCCAACCCGAAGCCGCACUGCAAAUCGAGUGAGCAUUAAUGAGGGGGAGAACACGAGCAAAGAAGACUCGGUAAAGCCUACGAACAGAGGGCUUCCCGCAGCAAGAUACAACAAUAAUGUGUAUGCUAACUUUCCUCAGUCAGCUAUAACGAUACCGAAGUACGUUGACAGUGGUGUCUUUGAAAACAUCCGGGAACAGCCCAGUGUAGAAGAAAAUAGUUAUGACUGGAACAUCGCAUCAGUGCGCGCGCAUCCGCAAAUGCCAUUUGAUAUCAACCCAACAAAGACUAGCAUAGAACCUCAACUUGGUGCUGAUCAGUGGAGGCCCGGGAACGAAAUGGGGCGCGUAACAGACGAGCUUAAAGAUUUGAAUUUACCUUCGAUUGAAGAUGAUCCGACGGUUCGCGCCGUCCAAAACAUAGUGGCUGAAGAAAAUUCCUUUUUGAACGAAAAACGAAAAGCAAUUCAAAAGCACAAACAGCAGGAUUCAAGAGUGAAAAGUCAACUGCCAGGAAGACCCAGAGUUGUUGGUCGAAAUGUCAUACCAAAGCACAAAGGACAUCAUCGAAACCAAUCUCGUAUGGAACAUAAAAAGAGGAAAAUGAAAGUCGGUAAUUUCCGAAAUAAAAGUAACGAUGAAAAGAAACAGAACGUGAGAGGUAGAGACGUAAUCCCACGAAUAAACAACGACAAACUUUCCCGCCAAAAUGCGUCAGCCUUUGGUAAGAGAAAACUUGCCAUAAUAGGAAAUACAACUCACCAUGGCAGCAAACUUUCUUCCAGUCCGCCAAGGAUGAUGGGAAACAGCAGCAAAAAGACUUCGUUAGUGAGCAGUAGAGACAAAGUAGCUGGCGGAAAUGGAAAUCGAAAGACAUCCAAUGAUUCUGUGCCUGCAACAAAUAAUAAGAAAACGACUUUUAAAACCAAACACAACUUAAAGGGAAGUCUUCCGACUGUUCAUCCAAAUGCAACUUCAAUGGGAGCGGUCAACGCGCUGAAAAUUAAUGUCCAGCGAAACCCAGAAGCAAAACAAUCCAGGGGAGAGAUACUUCCUCACAGAUUAAACAACACUCAAGUUACUGGUGUCAAGAGGAAAUCAGGAAAAACGUAUGCCACGCCCAAAGAAAUUGUCACAAACAAUGGAACUUUAUCAAAACCUGAACAUGUUAAAGCAUUUAAAGCUAAAAACAGAACCAGCUAAAACAGACAGUUGAGGUGUCGUUUCACACUUCACAUACAAUUGUGUAAACCAAACAAAACCACGUUGCAAUCCACCGUAGGAAAAAAGAUGGCGACUGGUACAUUUACCCAUAACUCU